CAGAUUCGUCAUAAGUCAUACAGUGAUAGUUUUUUGCAUUGAAUAUAUGUUUUUAUGAGUUAAUUGCGGAUGAUAUUAUAAGAGGGAACACUUAUAUGUCGAACAUCCUACCCAGAAACCAUGUUUUCAACAAUACCGGUCUCAUGGCGUGAUGGCUAUUCUCAAAACGUGACCUUGACAGAACUUAAUAACGACCUUGUCCUACUGCACGCUCCCGCGAUAGUCAUCUUUACCGUCCUCAUGGUUAUUGGUGUUCUUGGCAAUGUUGUAGUGCUGAUCAUCUUUAUUCCAUCUCCUUCGUCUUUACAAAAGGUUUGUAUUCUAUGGUUGGCAGUCAUCGACUUAGUGGCGUGUUGCGUUGGAAUACCCAUUCUCUUAGUCAGCAUGUAUCUCCCAUAUCACUUCCCGUCCGAGAAACUUUGUCAAAGCGUUCGCUUUAUGCACGUUUUCCUCGUCAGUAAUGCCAUCUUCAUUCUCGUGUUCAUCGCUGUGGAACGCCAGAGAACGCUUGGAAAACUAGGUCAGAGAACGUCGGUUACGAGAACAAAUGUGAUUUGCUGCAUCGCGUGUUUUGCUGGUGGAGUGAUUGCAGCUCCUUCGGUGAUAGUGUACGGUAAUAGGACUGUUCAGACAGGAGUAUAUAACAUGACGGGAACCGAGUGUUUUGUACAGGACCAUUUAGAAAAUGCUCUGUUGGCAAAGCUUUAUUUCGUUUUCCAGCUUGUGUUAACGGUGGUUUGUUUAGUGAUAAUGAUUAUUAUGUACGUGAAAAUAGGGCGUAUGCUUAAAUGGCACAAGACAUUUAGGAAAAAAUCCUUGCGUUUGUCAACAAGUAGUAUCGCCACUUCUUCAUCUCGCUUGUCUACGAAUGGAAGACAUGCUCCGAGUACUAUAACUGACAGUCAUAAUUCGUGUCAAUGGAACAGCCGAAGAAGCAAGAGUCAUAAACCAAGACAAGAUGCAGACACAAUUUCUGAUGAAAUGACCAAGAUGUUCUUCGCAGUAACUGUGAUAUUCUUUUUUUCAUUUAUUCCACAUUUGAUAAUUAUUGUGAUGACGCAAUUUAAUAAGAAAUUUUCGCAGGAUAUGACGUCCUCAGAUAUUGUAUUUUACAAUAUAUUCUUGCGUUCUUUCGUCAUUAAUAAUGUGACAAAUCCUAUUGUGUAUUUAGUAUUUAUGUUGAAUUUUCGAAAAGCAUGUCGAAAAUUGUUUUGCCGUUGUUUUCAUGUGAAGGAAACAUAUAGUGUUACAUGAUAUAUAUAUUAGUUUUAUGAGUGCAGUGUCAUCAAAAAAGUAUUGCUAUUUCAAUACGUUAAGACAGACAACAAAUACCGUUUAUUUCGACUUGUAAAAUUCAAAUUGUCAACAACACAUAUGAUGUAUAAUGUAUAUAUAAUGAUAAAUGUUAACGUGCAUGAAUAGUAACAAACAAUGUUGUACUAAAAACACAAACAAAGUAUUUCGUUAGUGUGUUCUAGAAUUGAUGAAUAGUGUAUACUAUGAAAAUAAACGAAA